AUGGGUCUCCGGCGAACGUCCUGGGUGCAGCUUUACGCCCUCUGUCGCCGCGCCCCGCUGUCUACCGCGCCGGCGGCCCGAGAGCAGCCCGCCGCGGGCCCGGGAGCCGAGCCCGUGUGCGGGCCGGGCGAAACCGCGCGGCCGCCGGUGCCCGCCGUGGACUUCGGCAACACGCAGGAGGCGUACCGGAGCCGGCGCAGCUGGGAGCUGGCGCGCAGCCUGCUGGUGCUGAGCCUCUGCGCCUCGCCCGCACUGCUGGCGCGUCACGAGCAGCUGCUGCACCUUGCCAGGAAACUUCUGGGGCAAAGGUUGUUCAACACGCUGAUGAAGAUGACCUUCUACGGGCAGUUUGUGGCUGGCGAGGACCAGGAGUCCAUCCGGCCCCUGAUCCAGCACAACAAGGCCUUCGGCGUGGGCUCCAUCCUGGACUACGGUGUGGAGGAGGACUUGACGCCUGAGGAGGCCGAGCGCACGGAGAUGGAGUCCUGUUCCUCGGCCUUGGAGCGCGACGGCCGCGGUGUCAGUAAGAGGGAGAAGCAGUUCCAGGCGCACCGGGCCUUCAGGGACCGCAGGGACGGGGUCACCCGCGCCCGCACCUACUUCUGUGCCAGUGAGGCCAAGUGUGACAGCCACAUGGAGACCUUCCUGCGCUGCAUCGAGGCCUCAGGCGGAGCCAGCGAGGAUGGCUUCUCAGCCAUUAAGCUCACGGCUUUGGGGAGACCGCAGUUUCUGCUGCAGUUCUCGGAUGUGCUGACCAAGUGGAGACGCUUCUUCCACCACGUGGCUGCUGAGCAGGGCAAGGCUGGGCUGGCCGCUGUGGACACGAAGCUUGAGGUGGCUGCACUGCAGGAAAGCGUGGUCAAGAUGGGCAUCGCGUCCCGGGCGGAGAUCGAGGACUGGUUCACCGCGGAGACGCUGGGCGAGUCUGGCACGCUGGACCUGCUGGACUGGUGCAGCCUCAUCGACAGCAGGACUGAGCUCUCCAGGCAGCUGGCGGUCCCCAACACGCAGACGGGCCGGCUGGAGCCCCUGCUGUCGCAGUUCACAGAGGAGGAGGAGCGGCAGAUGGCACGCGUGCUGCAGAGGGUGGGCGUGCUGGCCGAGAAAGCCAGCCAGGCGGGCGUGCGGCUGAUGGUGGAUGCGGAGCAGACCUACUUCCAGCCGGCCAUCAGCCGCCUGACGCUGGAGACGCAGCGCAGGUUCAACACGGAGAGGCCGCUCGUCUUCAACACGUUCCAGUGCUACCUCAGGGAUGCCUAUGACAACGUCAGCCUGGAUGUGGAGCUGGCUCGCCGGGAGGGCUGGUGUUUCGGGGCAAAGCUAGUGCGCGGUGCAUACAUGGCCCAGGAGCGCGCCCGCGCGCUGGAGGUGGGCUACGAGGACCCCAUCAACCCCACGUACGAGGCCACCAGCGCUGUGUACCACAGGUGCCUGGACUAUGUCCUGGAGGAGCUGAAGCACAACGCCAGGGCCGCGGUGAUGGUGGCCUCGCACAACGAGGGCACCGUGCGCUUCACGCUGCGCAGGAUGGAGGAGCUGGGCCUGCACCCUGCCGACCGCCAGGUGUACUUUGGACAGCUUCUGGGCAUGUGCGACCAGAUCAGCUUCCCGCUGGGCCAGGCAGGCUUCCCUGUGUACAAGUAUGUCCCUUACGGGCCCGUGAUGGAGGUGCUGCCCUACCUGUCCCGCCGCGCCCUAGAGAACAGCGGGGUCAUGAAGGGGGCUCAGCGGGAGCGGCAGCUGCUGUGGCAGGAGCUCAAGCGGAGGCUCUGCACCGGCAGCCUCUUCCACCAGCCUGCCUAGGACACCUACACCCACACCCGGGCAGCGACCUCUCAGGGCUCCGGCCAGUCCCAGCCUCACACCAAUCACCUUUUACACCCUGAGCUGGGAGAGCCUGCAGGGCCCUGCUCUGCUCAUG